CUAUACAGAGCCUCAGAUAUGGACGGCUGCCCGGCUCCACUGUUCGUCAUCGCGUUUUUUCCAGCGUCCUCCUGCGUAUGCAUGUAUGCGACCGACGGGCUGAUUUCAUAACGUGGGGAGGAAGAGAGGAAUGGGGCUUUGAGAGCGGAUGAGCACCAGACCCGCAUCAUCGCCGUGACGGCCAGAGAGAUCGAGAUCAAGCUCCGGAGCCAGGGACACCGCAGACCGGAUAACAGAGGAUGGAGUUUAAGCAUCUGGUGGAGGCGGCGGAGAAGUGGUGCUCCGGUAACCCGUUCGACCUCAUCUUCGCCGAGGAGGACGACGAGAGGCGGCUGGACUUUUACGCAGAUCCCGGCGUCUCCUUCUACGUGCUGUGUCCCGGCGGCACCGACAAUUUUCAUGUCUGGAGUGAAAGUGAGGACUGCCUUCCCUUCCUACAGCUGGCCCAGGACUAUAUCUCCUCCUGCGGGAAGAAGACUCUGCUGGAGGUGCUGGAGAAGGUCUUCACGUCCUUCAGGCCUCUGCUGGGUCUGCCAGACUUAGAAGACGACAGUUUCGAGCAUUACCACGCUGACAUGGAGGGGGAACCAGGGCCCGACCACCAGCAGAUGGGGGUCAGCCAGCAGUGAUAAGCCUAAAGACGAGGCCUGCUCUGAAGCUCUGGGGCUCAACUCAUCCGCCCAAAACAUUUAACAACACACACAUUUAUCCAAAUACACACACACACACACACACAGACACACACACACACACUUACAGUCAACUUGCUAAAAAUGCACCACCAUGUUCUUGAAUGUCUCAGUGGCUUUGCUUCCCAAAGAGUGCACUCAGUUGCACUGUGUUGACCCCCCGUCCCCGUCCCAACCAAAACAUACUGACACAGACACACACACACACACACACAUUGGGGCUACGUGAUCACUGGCCAUGUACAAUGCAAGUAUCAUAAUCAUUCACCAUCUGGUUAGUUAAAGUUCCACAGCACAGCAAUAUUACAUUGGCCUCAGCUGGCUUUGUUAUGCAGAAAUACAGUCAGAUGUUACCACAAAACACGCGUUUCCCCCGUCGGUUUGGAGAUGAAUGUGACAGAUAACCUACUUUCUCUGCCUGCCUGUUUACACAGAGGAUACGAGAGCUAGAUGAAAGAUACAUGGGCGAAAACUGACGGUUUGUGGCCCCGCGAGGCAGUUGGAGUGACGCAGAUAAAGAGCGGCGGGGAAGGAGGGGAAAAAAAAGUGGUAUCUUUUUCCACAUUGUGGAGGGUAAAGAAGGAAUGUGGAUGUGUUAUUGUGACGUAGAUUCAGGUGGGGGCAGCUCUCAAACUCUCCUGUUUUAAACACUUAAUAUAGUUGUGUAGGGUUUUCGAUCAAAAAGCAUUUCACACAUCGGCUCCUCAUGUGGAAAAUUUAAAAAAGUGUGCAGCUUCAACAGUAGCAUGGAUCAUUUCUUGAGGUGUGUCUCAUUAGUGUUUCCAAGGCAGUACACCUCAAAGAGUUUCGAGUCACUUUAUGAGGGUGUUUUUAAUCAAUGUUACUAUCAUAUGACCAUAACAACAAAGGCCCACGCUGCAGCUUCAGCCCUUCCUGGUUUGGUUGUCUCAUUGUCACAUGACACCCUAGUUCUGUCCUGUAGUCUUCCUUCCUGUUUGCUGGUGGUUCGCCCCCAAUCUGAUGAGACACCUUCCCCAGAACUAGCCUCUUUUUUUUUGCGUGCGUUGUUUUUAUGAAUUCACCGGCUUCUUUCCAGGUUUUUCUCAUAACCAUACAUUUUUUAUUUCAAGUGCACACCCAAAUCCCUGAGUGAUUAUCACAGCAGGGGAAGAGAAGAUAUUUGUUGACAUCCACCCCUCUGCCUAACCCUGUUUUCUCUAUUCUCCCAGUGUGUGUAUGUCACAUCCAGUGCACUGCAAUGCUUCAGGCCCAGCCGAUCCACAUGCAGGACUGUUUCAGAGGUUCAUCUUUAGCCCGUUUACUUUAGCUUGUAAAUGUUUGUCUUUUUAUUGCCUAUUUGAAUGUUUGUCAUGCAGUGUAUCUUCUGUUUGUCCUCCGAUGUGUGUGAAAUUGUUCAAUAAACCGUGUGAACAGAGCGA